AUGUUUUUCCCACAGUAUGGCUUUAUUAACACAUGUCUGAAGUCACUGGUCAUUGAAAGGUUUGGAGAAGAGACAUGGGAAAAAUUAAGAUUAAUGGCUGGGGUCCAGGAGACAUUCAUGACCUAUGAAAUCUAUGACGAUGUCAUCACUCUUCGUUUAGUGCAAGAGGCUUGUAAAAUGCUGGACGUCUCCUCUGAGGUGGUUUUGAAGCUUUUUGGAGAGUACUUUUUCAGCUUUUGUAAGAUGUCCGGAUACGACACUAUGCUGCGAACACUCGGUGGAAACCUGGUGGAGUUCAUUGAAAAUCUAGACGCUCUACACAGUUAUUUGGCAUUAUCUUACGAGGCCAUGAAUGCUCCGUCCUUCCGUGUGGAGCGUAUGGAUGAUGGCCGAAUUCUCCUUCACUACUAUUCAGAUAGGAAAGGGUUGUAUCACAUAGUGCCAGGUAUUAUCGAGGCGGUGGCAAAGGAUUUCUUCGACAGUGAGGUUACAAUGACCAUUCUAAACCAGUCGGAAGAGGAUGAGCGCACUGGAAAGAAGGAACAUGUGGUUUUCCAUAUGGUACAGAAGGAAAAGGUGGCCAAAAGAAGGGCCCAAGGGCCGAGACAGAAAGAGGAAAUGCAGGCUGAGAAAGAGGACAAGGACGAGACAAUGAAGAGGAUGAAGGCCAGGUAUGCCAACCUGCAGCUGUGUCCAAGGAAACGAUCUCCAUGGGAGAUUGUGAGGAGCAUUGUCAUAUUGGGCCAAGGCAAUCUGCGACAAUCAUUCACUCCCAGCUACCCAAAACAACUUUGGAUUGAAGAACAAGCCUUCUGUAAUGCUUUUCCCUUUCACAUUGUUUUUGAUAAAGAUCUCGCGGUGAAGCAAACAGGUGUCAACAUUCAGAAGUUUGUUCCCGGACUGCAGACCGCAGGUAUCCACCUGGAUGAGUACUUUACCAUUGUUCACCCAGAGGUCAUCUUCAACAUCCAGAGCAUCAAGAAGUUCAUCAACAGCCAGUUUGUGCUAAAAACCAGGAGGGAAAUGUUACCGGAGAUCCACCAAAACCAGUCCACACUCAAACUGAGAGGACAGAUGAUGUGGAUGGAGUCACUCGACUGCAUGAUUUAUCUGUGCUCUCCUAAGCUACGAAGCCUCCAGGAGCUGGAGGAGAGGGGUCUUCACCUGGCCGACAUCGCCCAGCACGACACCACGCGGGAUCUGAUCCUGCUCAACCAGCAGAGGUUGGCAGAGAUCGAGCUCUCCAAUCAGCUAGAAAGGAAAAAGGAGGAGUUGAGAAUCCUCUCACGCAACUUAGAGAUUGAAAAGCAGAAAUCUGAAAAGCUGCUUUAUGCCAUGCUGCCGACGCACGUUGCCAACCAGCUUAAAGAGGGCAAAAGAGUAGAGGCAGGUGAGUUUAAAGUGUGCACCAUCCUCUUUAGUGAUGUGGUCACAUUCACCAACAUCUGUGCAGCCUGUGAACCUAUUCAAAUAGUCAACAUGCUCAACGCCAUGUACUCCAGGUUUGAUCGACUUACAAACGUCCACAAUGUCUAUAAGGUGGAGACUAUAGGUGAUGCUUACAUGGUGGUUGGCGGUGUGCCCGUACCUACUGAUACUCAUGCAGAGCGGGUGGCAAACUUUGCCCUCGGAAUGAGAAUUGCUGCGAGAGAAGUAACCAGCCCUAUCACAGGACAGCCCAUACAGAUCAGAGUAGGCCUGCACACCGGCUCGGUUUUGGCUGGUGUUGUAGGCGAGAAGAUGCCGCGCUAUUGCUUGUUUGGAGACACGGUCAAUACAGCCUCUCGGAUGGAGAGCCACGGAGUUCCUGAUCACAUACACCUCAGCCCCUUCACGUACAGUGUGUUAAAGGACAAAGGAAUCUUUGAGAUCGCUGAGAGGGGUGAGAUCGAGGUGAAAGGCAAAGGCCUGAUGCGAACAUACUUCCUGCUGAAAAACCUCCAAAAGAGCGAUGAACAGAUCAUGGGUUUGGUUGAUGGAGAGACGUGCGUGUACCAGGAAGAUCCGGGGGACGUGACGGAUGUCCAAAACAAAGUAAGUCCCGAAACAGCAGAUGAUGGGAAGAAAGAGGAAGAGAAAAAGGAGGAAGAAGUUGAGCACCAGAAUAAUCACAUAUCAUCGCCAUCUCCCUGUCCGGGCCAAAUCUCCCCCGAUCAUUUAAUUCAGUUCGAUGUAACGCCAGCAUACGAAAGCCCCGCUGACUUCAAACACCUACACAAUGGUCUUCAUUCAGACAGCAUUAGCACCAAGUUCUGCUCGAUACUUUAGUCCAACAUUACUGAAUUAAACCCAAUUUUAAGAAGAUUGAAUUUCAAGCCUGCCAUUCAAAAGGCCGGCAACACAAAUCAACAGCCGUAAUCUAAAACCCGCAGUACCACAUGCUCUGUGCGGUGUAUAAUGACUGUUUUUCCCAGCUGGGGGAUUUCUACUUUGUGGACACCGAUUUGUCAUCUGGGAAAGGCAAGCAUCUACUGUGAUUCCCAGUGCUCCUCUGGCGGCCCGGCUUCAUUUGCACCUGCUGGUGAUGGCCGGCAGUAGAACCACCCCCCGGAGAAAGCUAAUCUCCCUCUGGAGAAAUUAAUCACUUAUUAUGGACUGUUUUCAUGUGGAAAUCAGUUGGCAAACACAGAUGACCAGAGGUAGACAAACAUAUGGUUGCUGUAGCCAUCAAAUGUACGUUUGUGGUCGUCUGUGGUCCGUUAGGUAGCAUGGGAACUCAUUAUUUACUGUGCACGACAAUACGCAAUCUGUUUUUCACACAAAAAUAUGAAUGCAUGAAAAUAUUAUAUUGCACUCUGCAUUUUAUUUCAUACUUAUGAAACCUACAAGAGACAAAAGUAAUAAUCUCACCAUAGAUUUUAAUAUUAUUAUUAUUAAGAAUUUAAAAAGCAUUUAAAUAUUAAACUCUUAAAUGUUUACAUUCUAUUAUCUAUUGAAACCCAUAAUAAUAUUUAAAAUAUUAGGAAGCCUAAUAUUUAUAUAUAAAAUCAUAAUUUUUGGGCACUCUCAAUUGUAAGAUCACUGUCCUACUACUCCUUAAUAUCCAACUUGUAUUUUUUCCACAUUGUUUUUAGUAUCUUUUAGAUAAAAGUGAAGCUCAAAAAUAUUUUUAUAUUUCACAUAUUUUCUUUGUAAAUUAUGAAACUUUCUUUAUGUCACUACUGAAACAGUGUAUGUUUUAGUCCAUUUAGCCGACUGACUGUGUUCCCUUUUCUUUCAUCGCUACAAGGUAGAGACCCCAUCAUUUUGAGGUAAAUGUGUUCAAAACAUUUGAAAAAUCUAACUUUAAGGUUACUGUAAUUUAGCACACUUUUUUGGGAGUUAUUCCAUAACAUUUAUUUUUUACUUGUACCAAUGUUCAGAACUGUGCUAGCGAGCCAUAGCAUCUUUGAACUAGGUUCAAAAGUAUCUACAAUUUUUACUACCGAAAUAUUUUUUUGUUAGUGGCUUAGUUUUUUGUUGUUGAAUCUUGUUAUCCCAUGAUAUUGUCACUACCGAAACAUGCCAUCAUUGUUUCUGUUACAUAAUCCCCGCAUUUUGUAUUUUUGUAUGUUUUAGUAGAGUUUUAAUAUGCAACUUAAAAGUCUGUAAUGUGAUGUGAUGCUACAAAAGCAUUACUGUCACUAAUGAAAAUGUGCUGUCACUAUCUAAACACGGGAUGUUUCGUUCAAAAUAAAGUACAAACUAACAAAACCUUAACUUUGUGUUGUGAACCAGUGUGAUGGAAAAAAUGGAUUCAAAAUGCAACACGUUUAAUAAAUUACACUUGAAAUAUCGUUAAAUACUUAAUUAUUGAUUUGCCUCGGAAAUGUUUUUAUUAAAAUAACAAAAAUAUAUAUUUACAAUGUAGAGUUAAACAAAAUCUUAAAAGGUCGAGUUAACCCUUCCGAUUAAAUUAUUAUUACUGUGUUCUGGUAGUGACAAAUUUGGGGAGAGGACAAAUAUUCCAAAACUUUCUGAAAGUACAAUAUGACAAUUAACUGCAUUACUAGAAAUGUGUACCUUGGAUAUUAUAGGAGAAGAAUAUAUAUAUUUUUUAAAUGUCUCAACCUCUGAGUUUGGACCAAUUCUGUAGAACAGC